GAACUGUUUAUUUUCGCAGUAACUCUGCAGUGAACUACAUGUCCCGUGAUGCCUCGCGGUGCGCGUGACCGUCUCCCAGCAGUGGAAUGCGCGGAAUGUGUUUCCUGUGUUUGGCUCCAUCAUGAGCUCAGUCUCCGCGCUGCUCUGCUCUGCUCCGUGUGUUUCGGCGGAGCCUCCGUCGUCCGGUCCCGUGAAUGAGCGGCUCUGAGAGGCUUCAGUGAUGGCGGAGCCGCUGCUCAGACGAACCUUCUCCAAACUCCGCGCUAAAGAACGAUUCCGCCGCAAGACGGACCCCAAACUCACCGAAGUGACAGGGAAGGUGGAAAAUUUCCAAAGUUCUUCAUCGACUGCAUCCACCUCAGGACGUGCUGAGACGGAGAGCUCCAUCGUGGAGGAGUGUACCAGACGCUCCCAGAUCACCGUCUCCAAAAAACAGAACUGGGCCAAACUUCCCUCUACGAGCAGAGACCCAGCCAGCACAGAUCUGUGUACGAGCCUGGUCUACGGGCCACAGGACUGGGACUUGUGCUCCGGAAAGGCUGAGGACUCAAAACAGGCCUGGAGCCAAAGGACUUUAAGUGAGGAUGAUGGUUUGAAGUGGAAGCAGAAAGAUCUGGAAUUGGAGAUUGGUUAUUCCAGGCCACCAUGUGACUCAGAUGCCGGUUUACCGGAGUUGACGCCUGGCUGUAUGGAUGUGUGUGACUCUUCCAGCUCAGCGAAGAUCUCUGGGCAAGGCGCCUACCUCCAGCACCUGGACAGAAGUAGUCGAGCCUGGGUACUGUCCACAGGAAAGCCCCAGGCAUCAGAUGAAGUCCUCCCAACCAGAAACACAGAGUUGCGGCAUGGCCCAUACAGAGAUGGAAACAUUUGGUACAACCCCAUUCCUGAAGAAGAUGACUCAAGGGCCACUAGAGGAACGGCUCAGGAAACAUAUGGAGAUCCUUGGAGAAAGAGAAAAACUGAGGAGAAAAGAGACCAGAAACAAUCAGGGGGUUUGACUCCCACCGGCCUCCAUCAAGUAAAACAGACUCAAACUGAAGCCGACGUCAUCAGGGCGGAUAGUUCGGAUCUGGUUGUGCUACAGUCAGACUGUAUUAGCUCUGCUAGUGGUGUGAACUCUGACAGUCCUGGGGUGCCAAAGAAAAGCCCGGGAGAGGGUGCGAUUGACAAGAUCAAGUCUCCAGGAACAGUGCGGCGGCUUUCUAUGAAGAUGCGGAAACUCCCGGAGCUUAGACGGAAGCUUAGCCUACGCUCGUCCCGUAAUCAGCGUAACGGACAAGGGAACGCCAGCAGUGCACCCGGAGCAUCCGAUGAUUCUUCACCACCAAAUGCACGCAAGGAAUCGUCCAGCGUCAUCAGCAAGUACCACCUGGACUCCAGUGCACCCGAAAGGCCAAGGCGUCGAUCCUCUCGAAUGGGUUCUGCCAGUAAGGGAGGAUAUCUUAGCGAUGGAGACUCACCUGAACUCUUGCCCAAGCAGGGCGUGGGGUCAAAAGGGUCACCUACACCCCCACCACACAGUGGACCACAGGAAUCACUCGCUGUGGCAGACGCAGAGUCGUAUCGUUUGUACUCGCUGGCGGAUCAGCCUCGCUGUGCUCAGAGACUUUCAGGGCUGCUCACGGUGCAUCUGCUGGGCAUCGACGAGCUGCUACGAUCCCCUCGGAACGACGCUACUAAAGAAGUCUUCUGUGCCAUUCAAGUGGACGGGGUGACCCGGGCUCGAACAUCGCUUCUCACCUGUCGAGGGGCGAGUCUCCCAUUAAACCACACCUUUAACCUGGAGCUCGAGAGGGCGCGGCUGCUCAAACUGGUCAUCUCGACACCAACGAACGCCAGCGCUAACAACGACGCUGCGGUGCCAGCCGCUCCAGCACGUAGCCGGGUGUGCUGUUUGGGUGCUGUGGCUAUACCGCCCCUCUUCAAGGCGUCUCGCAGUCAGCAGCUGUGUGUCCGUCUGGAGCCUCGCGGAUUGCUGUAUGUGAAGUUGACCCUUCUGGAGCACUUCGUGACCCCGUUCCCCCGCCUCAGUGACCUGCCUCCUCCUAAUGUGUUUGGGGUGGAGCUGCGCCACCUGGUGGAGAAGGAGGCGUCUGCGCUCCGAGUGCCUCUGAUCAUUCAGAAGUGUGUUUCUGAGAUCGAGAGGAGAGGACUGAGGGGCGUGGGAUUGUAUCGUCUCUGUGGCUCGGCGGCGGUGAAGAAGGAAUUGCGGGAUGCGUUCGAGAGGGACAGUGCAGCGGUUACCUUAAACGACGAGCUCUAUCCCGACGUCAACGUCAUUACGGGCAUUCUGAAGGACUUCCUGCGAGAGCUGCCGUCUCCUCUCAUCACCCGGACGCUGUAUGAAGUGGUGUUAGAAGCGAUGAUGGUUCGACCGGUCUGUAGAAACACCAGAGACGCUCCGAGAUCCCCGAACACCGUCUCACUGCUGCAGUGUCUUCCUGAAGCAGAGCGGGCGACUCUGUCCUUCCUGCUGGAUCAUCUGAGUCUGGUGGCGUCUUACAGCGACAGCAACAGAAUGACGUGUCAGAAUCUGGCCGUGUGUUUCGGGCCGGUCCUCCUGACGCCCACACAGGAGUCGUGGCACGCCGGGAUGACGGGCCCUGGAUCAGGGGCCCUGGCGGGGUCUGGGGCCGGUCGAGGAGGCCGUAGUUUUGCUCACAGUGAAGAGAUCGCCAGCGCUGUGGACUUUAAACGACACAUCGAGGCUCUGCACUACCUCCUGCAGCUCUGGCCUGUACCCAAAGGACGAGUGACGGAUGAUUCUCUGGCUUCCCAGAGUUCCUUGCAGGUGGUGGUUUCCCGCAGGGGGCGUGGCCGGAUGGAGAGCCCGCCCUGUAACCGCUACGCCGGAGAUUGGAGCGUCUGUGGGCGGGACUUCCUGUCGAACGACGAGGCGGAUUACGACGAGGUGGCGGGCAGCGAGAGCGACGAUGACAUGGAGGAGCCGAAGAAGAGGGAUGUGUGGACGUCUCCCGAGGGUUUGUACGUGGACGAGUUUGCGCUCGACUUUGACGCUCCGUUCACGUGCAGACUGAGUCUGAAAGACUUCGACACGCUGAUUUCAGACUUGGAGAGAGAGUUAGCCAAACAAAUCAACAUCUGCCUCUGAAGCAGGAAUGAAUGUGUAUAUACGUUAUUUUGACCGACGGAUGCGUUUUAAUACGCCGUGUGAAGUUAAAAAUAGAGCAAACGCUUCUCGAGAGGCAUGCGUUCUAGUAUUGACUUAAACGACAAACACAAAUGCCAAUGUAAAGAAAAAGCCAUGUUUUCUGGAAAAUAAGUCACACCGGGGUGAAAUUCGUUGAGAGAGAUUGCAUCGUUGAGAGAAAAGCAAUAUUUGAGUAUUAAGUCAAAUUUUAUUAUUGCAUUCAGAAAAAAAAGUAAAAUAACAAUAAUUGAAAUGUUUACAAACAUACAUAAACACUAUAAACAAUCUCACUUUGCAACAAAUCAGUUAAAUGUAACAUUAUUCAGAACAGAACUGGAAUGGGAAUAUAAGUAUAAAACAAACCUAAAUUACAGUCAUUCAUCAUAAACAACAUUUAUUUUAAAAGCCACGCCUAAACGAAAUGAUUUAAUGUGUAGGAAAUGUACUAUAUAAAUAAGCUUGAGCUCACAUACCUUGUUUUGCCAUCUUGAUUAAAUAAUGCAAUUAAUAGAAGUCUAUGGAAGCUUUUUUUAUUUAAAAAGGUAAUUGUGAUUUAUUUUUUUAUUUUUUUCAGAAUAUAGUAUAUAAUAUAUACCCUGUAUAUAAAAAUUGCAGAAUGGCAGAAUUUUUAAGGUUUUUUUUUUUUACCUGGUCAUGGGAACAGAGUUGCAAAUAGUUUUGUUUUUCCUUAGAAUUUCAGAAUUGUGAGAUGAAAAGUUGCAGUUACCUUUUUUUUGUCAUUCCGUAAAACAAAACAAAAAUAAAAAUUGUGUGCGAUGUAAACUCAGAAUUGCACAAAAAAAAAGUCAGAAUUGUGAUAAAAGCUGCAAUUGCCUGUUGUAUCUUAUUAAUCUUUGGCAGAAACAAACAUAUCUAUAAAGGUCGCAGCACAUUUCAGAAGAGAAAAAUGUGACUUAUAUUCCAGAAAAUGUAUGGUGUGUAUAUAUAUUUUUGUCAUGCAAAACAUGUGUUUUCAUUGUUGGGUAUUUGUGGCCAAUCCCAGCGUUUAUGGUGCAUUUUGUGACACAUGAGAACAUUUGAUAGCAGCUACUGUAACAUAAUAUCAACAAGCACAAAAACUCUUUUUCUUCAUUGUUCUUCUGUAGAGGAGACACAUAUUGAUUAUUCCAAGUGUAUAAUGCAUUGUAACGCAGUAUAAACACUAGUUGUUAAUGCUGAAGGCUUCGUUUGUGUGAAGUUUCUCUUAUUUAAAGCUCUGUGUACGACUCUUGUUCCAGAAGGCAGGUUUGUGACGACCAGCUGUGUUUGGGCCAAGGUUUCAUCACUCUUUCCAGCAGCGUUUCUCCGCCAGACUCUUUCUGAAGCGCUUUUCUGACCAGCCUUCGUUUUACUCUGCAGAAAAGCUUCGUUUUUUUCUCUGUCUAAUGUUUAACGGUGAACGUAUUUAUUACAUUCCCUUGAGAUCACGUUAUAGGAGCGUUCUGGGUUUGAUGCAACUUGACAGCAUUUGUGACAUAAUGUUGAUUCGAGUUUGAGAAGCCAAAGACAAUAUUCGACUUAACGGGGCUUCAGUAAUUGAUGUUAUUUAAAGGUUAAGCAUGUCAUUUCUUUCACUAAUGGAAAAGAAAUGUCAGCUUUUCCUAAACACUCCUCCUGUCUGUUAUUGGUCUGUCAGACAGAUAGCUCCGCCCUAAACUCUCGUGAUUGGAUGAGUCAGAUGUCACUCAAACAGAGUGUCACAAUGUGGCAUCAAACACAGCAUUUGAACUAAUAACCAAAACAUAUUUUUAACUUGUACUGAACCCAGAACACAUUCAUUUAAAGCUGAUUUUAUGUUUGAGAUGCAAGUAGACAAUCAGUUAAACGAAAGCUUGGCCAGAGACGUUUAAUAUAGUGUUCAUUUUGACUGAAUUUGCACAGUUUAUUAUACCAAAAUGUUUAUAUUCAGGUUUGUAUUUUCCGAUUCAGACGCUAAAAUGACACGAUGCAUCAGGACAUGCACACGAGGAAGUGUGCUCUCAUGUUUUAUAAUCUGUAUUGUCAAGCCAAAGACUUGUGAUGAUUAUUGCACUUCUGCGUCUAGUUUUCUGGAUUGUGCUUGUGCUGCUCUUGCUGAUUUGAGAUCAGUCUGUUACUGAGAGCAGCUCUAUGUUUCAUAUCUGAGCGCGGUACAAAUAAUCUCAACUGUGAUUUGAUUCUAAAAGCCACAAAUGGAAUAGAAAGGCCAUGACUGAGCUCACCAGCUCCUUGUGCAAACCCUUUGACACGUUUUAUUGGAAUUCAGUUUUGUUUAGUUGUAUAAACAGUAUUAUUAUAAUCUAUUAAUGCACCUGUAACAUUCAGCACUUCUGUCUGUGCUCAUGCAUAGCUAUAAACCACAGUGAUACACACACACACACACACACACACACACACACAUGUGUGUGGAUGAGAUGUACCAUUCAGUGUUAUGUUAAAGAAAUAAAGCAGUGUUAUGUUUCUA